CACACACAAAAAAAACACGAGCUUUAUGUCUCUCUGGCGGAGACACUUUUAAAGACUUUUUCUUGCACUUUUAAACAUGUGCCGACAACCGCAGCCCACUUCGGAACCUUCGUGUAGUUUUAAGACGACACCGGUGCUUUAGGACGUCUCCCCCCCCAAAAAAAACCACCAACACCGGGGACGGACGGAGCGGUUCGUGGGGGAAAAAUGUGUUGUCAUGUCGGGCAGCAGCAAACAUGGCUUCCCCGUCGUCUACCUACCUACCGCGCGGCUCGGCUUGACAACCGAACCGGGGCGACUGUAGCCUGAAGAGCUCGGAAAGUCUCUCGCUGGUAAACAAGUUUAGCCGAGUAAAGGAGGGUGAGGGUGAGGGCUCGACGCCGCCGCCAUGGAGCCGCGGCACAGGGAGUUGCUGGAGAAGUGUCAGCAGAACCUGGCCGAGUCCGUCACGGACGCCGAGCGGCUUGUGGAGGUCCUGUCCCGGGAUGGCACCCUCAGCCUGGCCGAGUGUCACGAACUAGCCGCCCGCAGUGGCGAUGAUGGCGGCAGUAGCGGUGGAUCCUCAUCCCCCAACGCGGAGAAAGUGGAGCUCCUGGUGCAGAUCCUGCUCCGGAAGGACCGGGACCACUUCGCGGAGUUCUGCUCGGCCCUGGAGGAGACGAACCCUCACCUGCGGUCGGUGCUGCUACCCGGUACCUCGGGGCCCGUGGACCACAGCACCGGUUCCACCUACAGCGUCCUGUCCACCAUGCCGUCUGACUCGGAGAGCAGCAGCUCCCUAAGCAGUGCAGGUACGCCCACUCCGGCCUCCUCGCCGCCGCUCGCCCACACCGACAGCCACCGGGCGCUCGGGAACAUGGACACCGUCCUGUUGCAGCUUCGCCACGUGACCCGGGAGAGGGACGAGCUGCGCAAGCGUCUGGCGCUUUCCUCACCUGGAAGCACCUUUGACGACUGCAGGCCCAACUCGAAAGCAGCUCAUGACUAUGAACGCCUGAAGCUGCAGUGUAUGAAGGCCAUGGCCGACCUGCAGUCCCUGCAGAACCAGCACAGCACCACCCUCAAGAGGUGCGAGGAGGCGGUGAAGAAGGCCGACUUCUACUACACGCUGCACAGCCGCCUGGCCGGCGAGCACGGCCAGCUGAAAGAGGAGCUGGAGGCGGUGAGGCUGGACAACGUGCAGCUGGUGCGGGAGCACAACCACGCCAAGCAGGCCUGCGAGGAGCUGAGGAGGCUCCAUGACGACGAUCAAAGAGAUGUGGCCGACAUGAGGAUGCUACACCAACAGGUGUUGAGAGAGGGUUCCUCCGAUGCUCUCAACAAGUUGUACGACUCGGCCGUGGACAAACUGGAGUCGGUAAGGAGCGACUACGACGGUCUGAGGAAGCUCUACAACGAGAAGACGGCGAGUCACAACGCUGACCUGAGCCGCCUGGACCACGUCGAGGAGGAGAACCACCGUCUCCAGAAACAGCUGGACAUGCUGCUGAAGCAGAGAGACGCUGCCAUCCUCUACCAGCAACAGUACUCAACGUCCAUACGAAGGUUCGACAACACCCAGCAGGAGCUCUCCAAGGCCGCCGCCCAGAACAUGGAGCUGCAGUGGGACAUGGAGCGUCUGCAGUCGGAGGCCACGCGGUUCAAAACCCAGCAGCUCAAAGCGACCAAGGAGUGCGAGAAGUACAAGGAGGAGCGGGACUCGGUCAUCAGCGAGUAUCGGCUCAUCAUGAGCGAGCGCGACCAGGUGAUCAAGGAGGUGGAGAGGUUGCAGACUGGGCUGGAAGUGGCGGAGGCCAAGCUGAAGAACACGUCCUCCGAGAGGCGGGUGGCCAACGAGGAGCUGGAGGCUCUCAGACAGGAGCUGGCCUCAUCCCUGAUGGACCGAGACCGGGCCAUCUGCGAGACGAACGAGCUGCUGGAGAAGUACUGCCACGAGGUGAAGGACAAGGCCGAGGCCCAGAAGGAGCUGAGCCAGGCCUGCAAGGACAUGGAGACGGUGCGCGAGGAGCGCGACGUGGCCCGCAAAGAGAGGACGGAGGCCAUCGUCCAGCGUGACCAGCUGGUGCGGGAGUAUUACCAGGCCAGACAGAAACAAGACUCGGCCACUCUGGACAUGGAGAGAGCCAACAAGGAGAUUGAGAUGCUCAGGAAGCAGCAUGAGGCCAUCAGUCAGGAGCUAAAGGAGGCCCUGCAGGAGGCUGAGGUGGCCAAGUGUCGACGGGAUUGGGCCUUCCAGGAGAGGGACAAAAUAGUGGCGGAGAGGGAAAGCGUACGUACAUUGUGUGACAACCUGAGGCGAGAGAGAGACAGGGCUGUGAGCGACCUGGCAGACGCGCUGCGGAACCUGGACGACACGAGGAAGCAGAAGAACGAUGCCGCGCGGGAGCUAAAGGAGCUGAAGGAAAAAAUGGAGGACCAGUUGGAAAAGGAGGCACGGUUUCGUCAGCUGAUGGCUCACAGCUCGCACGAUUCCGCCAUCGACAUGGACUCAGUUGAAUGGGAGACGGAGGUUGUAGAGUUUGAGAAGCGCAGAGACAUGGAUUUGAAAGCUCUCGGCUUCGAUAUCGCAGAGGGGUUAAAUGAUCCUUAUUUACCAGUAGACUGUGGCGUAUUUGUCAGCAAGGUGGACAAAGGAAGUCAAGCAGAGGGCCGAUUGAGGGUGAACGACUGGCUGCUGAAGAUCAACAACGUGGACCUGACUAACAAGGACAGGAAGCAGGCCAUCAAAGCGGUGCUGAGCGGAGAGGGAGUGAUCAAUAUGGUCGUCCGCAGGAGGAAGUCCCUGGGAGGACGCGUGGUCACGCCGGUCCAGAUAAACCUGGCCGGCCACAAAGAAUGUGGCAUCGGCCUGGAGAGUGGAGUGUUUGUUGCCUCGCUGGCGCCCGGCAGUCCAGCAGUCAGAGACAAUGCUCUCUCAGUCGGGGACAGGCUGUUAGCUAUUAAUAGCAUCUCGCUGGACAGCAAGUCUCUUCCGGAAUGUGAAGGUCUUCUGAGGGCCUGCCGCGAGUCUAUCUGCGUCUCCCUCGCCAAGUUUCUGCCACAGAGCUGUUCUGGUCAGAGUUUAUUUGAAGGCGUGAGGGACUCGGCUCCCCGUCUCCAGCCCUGCGACGUGCACGCCAGAAACUGCCGCAACUCCAAGCACACGUGCUCCAAGCACAACUGCUCCAUGCAGACCGACAGCUGCACCUGCGAGGGAUCGUGCAACGACCCGGGCGACCUGGACGGGGGCAGCGUUAGCGUUCGCCACCACAAACCCUUUUCCGACAACUCCCUGCACUCCCGCAGCCCCUCGGAACCCGUGGCAGAGUUCUGCUACAGGAGGCAGGACUUCCACCAUCGCCCCUUCACCUUCACUCCCGUGCCCGCCGAACGCCCUCGUCCCUCGGAGAAGGCUGGCGGAGGCACGUGGCCAAAAGUCAUUGUUGGAGCAUCCAUACCGGAGUGUGCACAGCUUUCCAUCUACAAGAGAAGCAAACAAAGGAAGUCCAUCUUUGACACCUUCAGGAGACCAGAUGCUCCUCCAAAACUGGACUACAUGUCACUUUCCCAACUGUCCAAACACUCACCGCAGAGCUCAUUAGUGGAAUCCACUCAAGCUCCGCCCACCCCGCCGGUCAGGAGCGACUCGUUCCGGUUCAAACAUUCCCAGCAGAACAGCUCGGCGUCAGAGUCCACUCUUCCGGCCUCUCCGACCAGAGGAACCAGUCCUGUCAUGGAGGGAGAGGCCGGGCACCCGCUCUACUACGCCCACGCGCCCCAGAGAGAACCCACGAUGCCAACGGACGAGGACGAGGCUCAACACAGGGAGCCUGAGAAGAGGAGGUCGCGGCCCAAGUCGGCGCCGGCACGGGCACGUAACGUGACACCGUUACACAUCCCGGUUCCAAAGCAGAUUCAAUGUUUCUCUAAUGACGAGCACUCCCCAGAGCCCGUGGAUCUGUUACGCUUCUCCCCGAUGCGAAGCAAUCGGUACAGCAUGCACUUUGCACCGCCCAGCUACAACAGCGCCAUGGCACAUCCGGCACAGCGAGGCUUAGUGCCAUGCUCGGCCAAGACGGCCGUGAUGAGGAACCCGGUCUACACCACCUGGAGCCACGAGACCAGCAACUGUCCUCCAGUGCCCGGCUCAAGUGUGCACACGUAUUCACGCGCAAGCCCUCAGCGUCAUGGUCGCCACAGUGUGGACCUCAACCACAAGCUGGCUGGGGACACGUCUGAGAGCAACUCCAGCCAACCACCGCACAGCACACACUCCCUCCCCGCCAGCGCCAGACUGGGCUCCCUGAGUGUGUUGCAGUUCAGGACCGAGCGCAUCAAGAUCACGCCGAUUCGUUAUCCGAGCUCUACUGGAUCUGACAGAGGCUCCCGCUCUCAUUCGGAGUGCAGCUCCCCGACGACGCCUCCCAAGUCCCCCGUCGUCCUGGAUAUGUCCUCCUUCGCCAGCAGCCAAUCCACAAGCUCCAUCUCCACCCGGCUCAGGAUAUCCGUCAGCCCCGCUCCGGUCGGUGACGGCCGUAAGGAUGGAUUUGUCUCUAAUCCCUCUGUCAGGCGUCAGCAGGCAGUUAGGCCCGAGUUCCUCUCGUUACGGUGCUUGAGGCCUUAUUUGGAGGAGCCGCGCCACGUGACGGUGCAGAAAGGAGCAGAACCGCUGGGCAUCUCCAUCGUGAGCGGCGAGAACGGCGGCGUAUUUGUGUCCAAAGUUACGCCGGGAAGCAUCGCCCACCAAGCUCACUUUCAGUACGGAGACCAGCUCCUUGAGUUUAACGGGAUCAACCUGAGAAAUGCAAACGAACAACAGGCGCGCUUGGUGAUCGGGCAGCAGUGCGACACGGUCACCAUCUUGGCUCAGUACAACCCUCACAUGUUCCAGCUGGGCAAUCAUUCCCGAUCAAGCUCUCGGAUGGAGUCCAUCAGCAACCAUCCCACCCCCCAGGACAGCGGCGCCAACACCCCGGACGAUCACUCUAUCGGCGACACCCUCAGCGAGCAGGACGAGGGCACCAUGACCCCGCCGUCCAAGCAGACCACCCCGGCCACCAGCCCCCACAGCUCCUUUAGGCUCCCCGGUUCAGGUACGCGUCGGACCGCAGAAGCCAGACUGGUGAGGUUGAAAAGGAUCCAGACGGAGCUGGGAGUCCAUAUCUGCGGAGGAAACCUUUACGGCAUCUUUGUGGACAGCCUGGAUGACGACAGUCCUGCCAAAACUGCUGACGGCCUCCUACCUGGAGACCUGAUACUGGAGUACAACGGCAUCAGCAUGAAGAACAGAACCAAGGAGGAGGCUUACAUUGAGUUGAUAAAACCGACUGAAACCGCCACUUUCAAGGUGCUAAACUGUGCGGAUGAGCUCGCCGCCGUCAAAGAGGUGCCCGGAGACGGAUUUUUCAUCAGAACACUUUACGAGAGGGUGGCCGACGCCCAGCAGGAGCUGAGCUUCAAGAAGGACGACAUACUGUACGUUGAGGACACCCUACCGAACGGCGGUUUCGACUACUGGAUGGCGUGGCAGCUUGACGAGAAAGCGCGGAAGUUGGAAAAAGGGCAGAUCCCAGGGAAAUACAUCAUGGACCAGGAGUUCUACAGGAGACACGGUGUGACCGACAUGAAGGAUGACGGCAGCGGCGGCAAGCCCAUGUCCGCGGCCGCCCGUAGGUCCUUCUUCCGGAGGCGGCUGAAACACAAGCGCAGCAGCUCCAAGGACGGCAAGGACCUGAUGGCAGGGGACACCAUGAUGUCCGAUUAUUUACCCAUCACAGAAGAUGGUGCAGGUCUGUUGUACCAGCGAGUCCAGAAGGUGGAGUGUUUAUUCCCCAGACCGGUGCUGAUCUUGGGACCGUUGGCCGAGGCCAGCAAGGACAUGCUGGUGAACGAGGCUCCCGACAGGUUCUGUCGCUGUUUGCCCGAGAUCAUGAAGGCGUCUCAGCAGGCCAUCGAGCGCGGCGUGAAGGACUGCGUGUUCAUCGACUUCAAGCGACGCAGCGGCCACUUCGACGUGACGGCGGUGGCGUCCAUCAAGGAGAUCAUGGAGAAGGACUCUCACUGCUUGCUUGACAUUGCCCCUCACGCCAUCGAACGCCUUCACAGCGUUCACAUCUACCCAAUCGUCAUAUUCAUUCGCUACAAAAACGCCAAGCAGAUAAAAGAGCAGAAGGACCCCCAGUACCUGCGGGAUAAGCUCUCCCAGAAGCUCUCCAAGGAGCAGUUUGAGUCGGCCCAGAAGACCGAGCAGGACUACAGUCGCUUUUUCACAGCCGUUGUCCAAGGAGGCAGCGUCUCCUUCAUUUGCACUCAGAUCGCCGCCAUUGUUGAGCAGGAACAGAAUAAAGUUGUUUGGAUCCCGGACGGGGCGCCGUAAGAAAAAUAACAACAAUUUGACACAAACUUGCAGUCUUAUUAUGGGAUGCAUCAAAUACCAGUAAACUCUUGUAAGUUCCACUCUAAGCAUUGCCAGCACUGAUGAUCAUGUCAUAUGCACACUAUCCAAUAGUGAUGUACUGUACUACAUAGUUGUUUACACUAGUAUUUAAUACUACUUGAAUGAAUGGUUUUCUAUCUAUAAGUAGCACUCCUUUAUAAAAACACACUUUGGACCACCAUGCAAGCAGACGUCAGUGCUCUACUAUUUAUGUAUAUUUUAUCAAAUCAUUUUUCAAUUAAUGCUGGUAUUUAAUUGUUUAUUUUCGUCUGAUUUCUUUGCGUCCUGCCUUUUUCUUUUUGUGUUUUCCGCUCUUUAUCAUUUCAGUCAUCACGCCGUGCCAAGCUUUUCUAAUAUUUAUUAUUCAGCACCAUUAAAGCUACACAGCGGUUUGCGUGUUCUACUUAAAUUGCCAAUUUUUAUUUUAUUUUAUUUUUUUUUUAGUUUUCCUAAAGAAAAGGGAUGUUUUUACUUGUGGUUCAUGGUUGAUAUUUUAACGCAUCUUCAACAUUUCAUCUUCUGAAAGCAUUUCUCAGAGUGAAAAUUCUACAAUGAUUAAAAAGGGUACGAA